AUGCGGGAGACGAGCGGGAGACGAGCGGGAGACGAGCGGGAGACGAGCGGGAGACGAGCGGGAGACGAGCGGGAGACGAGAAUCUUUAAGCCCAAAAUGGUGCCUGGGUGGGGUGAGAGGGGUGAGGGGGGUGUUUGGGCAGGAACGGGGGGAGGGGGGGGGGGGGACAGGUGGAACCCACUGUCAGCACACAGAGGCCUCUUCAGGGGGACCGUCCCGUACAAAGACCUGGUUCGGGAGCUUGGCUGGAGCGAGAAACCCAACCCCACAGUGAGUGUGCCGCUGGAUUCGGCCGAGGCACGGUUUGGCACUGAUCCAAACCACAUUUUUAAAUAUUUUAUACGCUUUACGCUCAACUGGUGCAACAGUUUCCAGAUGCUCGACGAAAACAUCUGA